CCACAGACGCUCAUCAUACCGCUCACCGAGCCGACGACCGCGACCCGAAAGCGAACAAAGAGGAGCGACAGGAAGCCGAUUCAAACACACGAUGUGCGCCCGGUCUGACUGUUUCACGUCGUCCGUUGAGACGAAACACCGCCAGCUGGCUUAUUCCAGAGCCAUGGCAACGCGGAGCACCAAGCCGGAAGUCUUCACCUUCGAGCGGAUUCCCGCCCAGACCGCCGCGCCCUCCUACGCUCCCAUCCGGCCGAGGCGGCGCGCCAUCCGCGUGAUGUAUCCCGCCAAAGUGCGGAUGUAUCUCCCGCCAGCUGAGCGGAGUCCCGCCAAACGCUGGCUGCUGGCGCUGUGUCUGGUGGUGCUGUGGCAGAUCUACAGCGAGGAGCCCUGCGGGGACGCGCCGGAGGGCGGCGCUCAGAGCCCGGCCGCAGACUGCCAGCUCCUCUCCUUCCAGUCCGCGGAGGAGAAGGUGCGCCAGCUGACAGACGGAGGCGCUCCGGAGGGGGUUCAGGUUUCACCGCCGACCUGUGACGAUAAAUCACGUGGAGACGAGACCGCCUCCUGGGGCCAGGUUCUUCUCAACGCCACCGCCGCCGCCGCCGGUCCCGGACUGGAGGCGGAGGUGAGCCGCAUGUACCAGGAGAGCACCAGGAACAGCUACAUGGUGGCCCUGCUGGUCUACCACAGACUGGGGAGCGAUAACUAAACGGGCCGGAACAAACAGCCGAAAUCUGGGCUUUGAAAGCAAAACCCGAACCGAGCCGCGCCGCGCCAACAUAGGCCGACGAGCCAGCGGGUGGUGUUGAGAGCGCGGCGGGCGCCGUGCCGUGCGCUGCGCACUGGGUGUUGUGCAGGUGGAGGACGCCUGCAGAGAAAACCAGUCCGGCGUGACACGGGACCUGAAGGACUCCGGAGGUGAAGCUGUGAUGGCUCGCAGUGGAUGAAACUUGAACAAAAGAGAACUGCAAAAAAAAAAACUUGAAUGAACUUUUCUGUGAAAAUGGCGCCAUAGACCCGAGGCACAGAAGCAGUGGCGCCCCCAGAAAUGUUUCAUAGGGGGGGGGGCAAAUGGGGCCACUGAAAAUCUUGGGGUGGCACACCAAAACCAAAAGCCAUGACUGAAUUUCGGGAAUUCUAUGACGCUGUUGUAGUGUACUGUAGUGGAAAACUGUCAAUAUGAGAGUUAAGAAAUAUAUACAUUAUUGAUUUAAAUGAACAGCACCUAAUGCAAAAUAUCAGAUAGAAGCAUAUUCUGCAUAUGCGACUCGUGGCUGGGGGGGCCGUGGCCACCCCUUGGGGGCGCCACUGGGCACAGAUGCCGGCUUUCUAACGGCAAACUGCACGCACGUGUAGGGGAAACGGGGCCAACCACACUGGAAGGUUUUGUGAAGAAUUUUGUGUUUUUUUUUACUGUAGGCCAAUGACUUGAAAACUGGCACUAAUGUGUAUUUUGAACAACGAAGAAUGUCUUAUUUAGCUAUUUAUUGUACUAUUUGCUAUUUAUUUCUGUUAACGUAAUUUAUCAAAAUAAAAAAUAUGUCUUAAAACAAC